AUGGUUGGUAUCGGUAGGGGGCCAGUGGGACAGUCUGGUUUGCUAGUAAGAGAGCGAGACGAAAGAGGAGUGUGCGUGCAGAGCUGCCCCCCCCCCUUCUCAACCAAACCGUACGAAAGCUUUCCCCAAGAGAUCCAAUUCAUUCGGGACCUGGAGCUCCAGGAUCUGAUCAACUACCUUACCACUCUACCUACGGUACUGUACAGCAGGAACUCACUCCUUGGUGCCGAACAGCGUGCUUCCUGGUAA